CCCCGGCAUAAGUAUUAUUAUAUGAACAAAUACACACAACAAGCUUCACAUGAAGAAGUGCGCAUUCCGAGCAGCGGGCUGCCAACCGGCCGGAGCGGAGGAAGCUGGUGCAAGCAGAUUCUGCUGUAUAGUCGGCGACCGCUGCCGAUCAAGACAUGGGGAAUGGGAUCGUGGCAGCGUGUGCUUUUCGUUAUGCCUUACCUUGUCAGCAUGUGCAAUAUCGUCUCGCUGUCCCGCCUUAGCAAUCUACUACCGCGAAUCAUGCACAGGGUCUUCUUUCCUGGGACGAGGUACUUUGCUGACUACACCAUGGCUCUGUUUAAUACAUCGGUAUGACUUUUACAACGCUACUAGCGUAAUGGACUUCACAAAAGGAAGUAUGCGUCCUUCUCCAGAUGUUGUACCAAGUCCUGCCUUUGAGUGGCAACAAUACAUGACUGGUAAACGCAUUAACCGAAAACUCUACCCGCACUGGUCCACUGCAGAAUUUUGUAUGUUUCCAAAUAUGUACAGUCGCCGUUACAAGUCACGCAGGAUGAUGCAAGUUGUUGAAAACUCAUACAUGCCCAACAUUAAUUACUGGCAUCUCAUGUGGUACAAGUUCAUGCUCGUUGUAGCCUUCGAGCAACUGGCUGUGCUGCUGGGCAUCAUCGCGCAUAUGCUGUUGGACACGUGUGAGGAGAAGGUGCGCAACUCCUUGGAUGUCGAGAAUCUGAUCAAGGCCUCACGCGUCAACUUGGAAGAAGAGAAGAAGCUCAACUAAAUACAAUUUCAUAUUACUAGUUAUGUUUUAAUUAAAUAUAUUUGAACUCAUGUACUUACAACU